ACCAUUGGGUCUGAUUGACGUGUGUGUCCCGGGGCAAACGUCACCGAGUCCGAAAUCCUCCAUGGAGCCGCGAAGACCGCGCGAGACGGAGUGGAAGGGUGACUUGAACGAUUUGAAUGACGCCGAGUUGCCUUCACCUAACCAGCCGUUGUGUUUUUGUGCGUGUCGAUAGUCGAGCUACCGGGGCCGGAGUGAGUAACACUCCGGGUAAGAGAGGAGUGGGACCAGCGGCAGCAGCAGGUGCAUGUGGAUGGCGAUAAAACUCAAGACCAACUCCGCUCUCUCCGCACGGAUUCGAUAAAACACCUCCAGAAGCCGAGUUAAAACGAAGUCUCUAUUCGACGGGAAUCGCCUUCACUUUUCACCGCUUUCCAUCGCCCGGAAUUGUGCAUUUUAAUCCCCAAGAACAGCAGCGUCUCGUCCCGCGAACAUGGAGAAAGUGGCCGCGAACUCACCUCAACUAACACGGUGACUCGGGACACUCGCGCCUGUUGUAAACUUUGGUGUUGUUUGUGGAGAUAAAACAACAACACGGCGACGGUGGAUUCAUGGUGAGACUAUAGCGCGGAUUUCUUUCAGGAGGAGGACGUCACCGGAGCAGAAGAAGAAGAAGAGGUGCGAUGGAGAAGAAGAAGAACAAGGCGGCGGCGACGGCGGCCGACAGGAGCCACUCCGCCGCCGGCAGCGCGAAGGACCGAGUGGGCAGGCUGGAUCCAUACGGCUUUGAGCGCAUGGAGGACUUUGACUACGACUCGUACGAGGAGCUCAUGUCCGAGUAUCUCGCCGUGCUCACAAGGCGGUCCAUCAAGUGGUCCAAACUACUCAAGGGCAAAGGCAAGGUGCAGAGGAAUGUAAAAUUAAAGCGCUAUGUGCGGAAGGGGAUUCCCAAUGAGCACCGGGCUCUGAUCUGGAUGGCAGCCAGCGGGGCUCAAGACCAGUUAGAGAAGAACCCAGGAUACUACCAGUCGCUGCUCGGAGCCCAGCACGACCCCAAACUGGUGGAGACCAUCUGCACAGACUUGAACAGAACAUUUCCAGACAACAUCCAGUUCCGCAAGACGUCAAACCCGUGUCUGCAGAAGGCGCUGUACAACGUGCUGCUGGCCUACGGUCACCACAAUCCCACCGUGGGCUACUGCCAGGGGAUGAACUUCAUAGCCGGGUACCUGCUUAUCAUCACAAAAGAUGAAGAGAAAUCCUUCUGGCUGAUGGAUGCACUACUCGGCAGGAUUUUGCCAGACUACUACAGUCCAGCCAUGCUGGGGCUAAAGACGGACCAGGAGGUGUUAGGGGAGCUACUGAAAAUAAAAGUCCCCAGCGUGUGGCAGACCAUGGUGGAUCAGAACGUCAUGUGGACCCUGGUGGUCUCCCGGUGGUUCAUUUGCCUCUACAUAGACGUCUUGCCAGUGGAGACUGUUCUGCGGAUCUGGGAUUGCAUGUUCUACGAGGGAUCGAAAAUCCUCUUCCGCGUAGCCCUGACGCUGAUCCACCACAACCAGGCUCCGAUCCAACAGGCCCAGUCACUGCCAGACGUCUGCCAGAUCUUCAAGCAGAUCACUCACGGACCAUUUGUUGACGAAUGCCACACUUUCAUGCAGAAAAUCUUCUCUGAACCGGGAAGUCUCUCCAUGGCAACCCUGACUAAGCUGCGGGCGACAUGUCGAUCUCGCAUCAUCGCAGAAGAGUCGUGACCCAAACUGACUCACCUGUCGCUCAAUCUCAAAACACAUUCCACGGGGGGGAAAACAACCCAGCAGCUUUUUUUGCACCUUUUUUCAGAAUACCUGUCACAAUAACUACAUGUAGUUUUUUUGUCUUAAUCAUUUCCAUACAAUCUACAUGUGUGUGUGUGUGUGUAUAUGAUCAUGUGAGAAUAUUCAUUGCAAUGUACUGCAUGAGCUGACUAUUCCAUUUGAAAUCAACACGUGCUGUAGUUUAUCUUAAGUUAAUAUUCUUUUGGUAAAAUGUUGAAUGAUGCACUUUACUACAAAAAGUCAGAGACACUGAAGAGAACAGAUUUGGCGGCAAAUUUCCCGGUCAGAUGAAGUAUGUGUUGCACAAUGUCAACGCAGGCCUACUGCAUUUCACAUUGUAGUCUCAGUAAUGAAUAUUAUAUGGGGGGACACGCCAAAACAAUCCAGUGUGAAUCAUAUUGAUUUCAUGACAGAAACAUCUUAAAAAAAUUCUUUAUCUAAUGUAUUCAUUUCAAGUGCAUUAUGGUAAAGCGAUGUAAACACAAUUCGAAGGGCUGCUCUCUUUUCUAACAAUGGCAUUUCAACUUUGUUCUGUGUCUGGGGUUUGUUGCCCUGCAGACAGCCGUAGUACUAUUAUCAGAUUUCGAUUCACUGGACAGAAAUAACCUUGGUGUCGAUCUAAGUCUUGUGUAAUACACACCUGCUUGAACAGCUCUCAGUAAACGGCCCUUUUUUACUUCACACACUCCUCGAUUAAACCAAUCAUAAACGGUACUGUAGCACGAAAUACUCAUGGGGAAAAAAACUGUCCUGAAAUUCUAAGAUCUUUAUUAACUUUCAGUUAGAUGCAUAAUAGAAAACGAGAUCACGUCAUUUUCUAUAAAAAAAAAAAAUAAAGGAUCAAAUCACUACAAUGUACAUUUCUUUUUUUAGGAGAAGGCGGCCGAAAUCACGACUAGAGAAUGAACCCAUGCACCUGUUCACUCGUCCUGUUAAAUGAGACGGAAGAGUUACGCAGUUACCUUAUUGAGCCUCGGUCCACUGAUGGGGCGGUUUAAGCUUUUAGCAGAUUCCAGGCUUUCCCUUCUCUUAAGUCAUCUUAUGCUCGUGAAAUUAAACAGAAAAGCAGUCGGCAUGAGUACUAAUAAAACUCCCAGGAAGGGGGCUUGGAGAGCACAUACCUGUGCCAAGGCUAACACCCAAUCACCAGGUUAUAAAGAAGAGAGGUGAAAAAUAAGUUCUGGAAGCGCACCAAAUUUUUAAUGGGUUCUUCGUUGGGUCAUGUCGUUUUUUGUUGCGUGAUCCUGAUGAUCAACAAACGGACAAACAAACGCAGAUGGAUGAAAACAUAACAACAAACAGCAGUUCAAGCAAAUUUCAACUGAUUCCUAGAGCAGAGCCAAGCAGCUGAUGGUCAACUUAGUAAAGCGAAUUCAAACGUUCCCUCCAUCCUCGAUUAUGUGGUGUCCUCUUCACGCUUCACCGUUUAAAAUUUAGCAGAUGUUUUUGCUUCAGGUCAUUCCACGGAAAAGCCGAGAGGAAAAAUAAAACAUCCAGAGGUCACACAGGAUGCGCACACACACAAAAAAAAACAGUACAACA